AUGGCGUCCGUAAUACUUGGGGUGUUCAGGAUACAGAGAGUAUCCCACACGACGGACGACCUGAUCUUCCUGUGGAACGUGUCCGACCCCCUGGUGGUGAGCGAGGACGUGGAACUGCCCCAGCUGGACAUCGUGCAGAGCUCCACCCAGGACUGUACCCUUGCCUACUCCACGGGCAACUUCACGUGCCUGGCCGUGGUGUUCCACCUGCGCAGGCGCCUGGGCUACCACCUGUUCCACACGUACGUGCCCACCACCCUGAUCGUGGUCAUGUCCUGGAUCUCGUUCUGGAUCCGGCCCGAGGCCAUCCCGGCCCGCGUGACCUUGGGCGUGACCUCCCUCCUCACGCUGGCCACCCAGAACACGCAGUCGCAGAGCUCCCUGCCCCCCGUGUCCUACGUCAAGGCCAUCGACGUCUGGAUGUCCUCCUGCACGGUCUUCGUCUUCAUGUCGCUCAUGGAGUUCGCCGUCGUCAACCACUACAUGGGACACUCGCCGACCAACAAGCUCAUGCGGGGGUUCUCGGUCGACGAGCUGGACAAGCUCCUGCUCCAUCGCAAGAACAACGGGGCGCCCGGGGGGAGGGGCGAGCAGCCUGAGCGGCGCCCCUUCCCCCACCACCUGCUGCGAGAUGGACGCCGCCCUGGCCAUCGACAAGUUCUCCAGGUUCUUCUUCCCCUUCUCCUUCUUCAUCCUCAACCUCGUCUACUGGUGCACCUACGCACUCGCCUCCUGAAUGCCGUCGCCUCCGGCGAGUGCGUGCCGAAGAGACGUCCCUCCUUUCAGACUCAUGCGUCAUCAUCUGAGCGCCGAUUUUGA